AUGCAAGUGCGGGGUGGAGUGAUCCGGCCCGCUCCUUAUGCAACAAGCUCAAGGAGCGGCCCCCGCCGCCUUCCCAGCAGCUCGGCGCGGCGCCGGGAGUCCGGAGGAGGGAGGGGGGAAGGCGGGUGCUUGCCGAAGGGCUUCCUCUCCGGCUCUGCACCUCGCAGAGACGACCCCUCUCCGUUCCCAAUGCUUUUUCCCUCCUGGGUACCGUGCGUUGCGGCCGGCGUUGCCUCCUUGCAUCUCAUACAGAAACUUCUCUUCCCUUACUUCUGGGCUGAUCUGAGAUACUUGCUGAAGGUACUGCUCUAUGGGCUGAGGGUGGAGAGCUACAGGCAGAGAGGGAAGAUUGUCACCGUGCUGGAUAAGUUUGUUAAGCUGGCUGAGAAGCAGCCCCACAAGGCAUUUCUCAUCUACGACGGGAAGGUGCUCUCCUACCGGGAUGUGGACAGGCGCAGUAACAGGGUAGCGCAGGUCUUCCUUCAACACGACAGUCUGAAGAAGGGUGACACGGUGGCCCUGCUGAUGGGCAACGAGCCCGACUUUAUCCACGUGUGGUUUGGACUGGCCAAGCUGGGAUGUGUGGUGGCUUUCCUCAACUUCAAUGUCCGCUCCAGGUCUCUCCUGCACUGUCUCACUAGCUGUGAACCCAAGAUACUGAUUGUGGGAGCAGAUUUGCUUGGGACUUUAGAAGAAAUUCUUCCUGACCUCCAGAAGGACAUCAGUGUUUGGGUAAUGACCAAGGAUUCCACUUUUCCAAGUGUGCAUAGCCUUUUAGACAAAAUGGAUGCUGCAUCUGAAGACCCUGUUCCAGUUAGUCGACGAUCUGCCAGCAACCUCAAAUCUUCUGUUUUGUAUAUAUUUACUUCAGGAACAACAGGUCUUCCAAAGGCUGCAGUCAUAAGUCACAUGCAAGUUCUUAAAGGAGCUGCUGGACUCUGGGCUUUUGGUGCUACUUCAGAAGACAUCAUUUAUAUUACUCUGCCUCUUUAUCACAGUGCAGCAUCUCUUCUUGGUAUUGGUGGAUGCAUUGAAUUAGGUGCAACGUGUGUCUUAAGAAAGAAGUUCUCAGCUAGUCAGUUCUGGAGUGACUGCAAAAAGUACAACGUGACUGUCAUCCAGUACAUUGGAGAACUUUGCCGCUACCUUUGCAGCCAACCAGUGAAGGAUGGAGAGAAAAAUCACAAAGUCAGACUAGCAGUUGGAAAUGGAGUAAGAAAUGACGUAUGGAGAGAAUUCUUAGACAGAUUUGGCGCUGUUAAGAUCUGUGAGUUUUAUGGCGCUACCGAAGGAAACAUUUGUUUCAUGAACCACACAGGAAAAAUUGGAUCUGUUGGACGCACCAAUUUCUUUUAUAAGAGUUUGAGAAGACUUAAAGUUGUCACUGAAAACCAGAUUCAGUGUGGAGAACCUCACCUUUGUUAUGUGGACAUGCUUUUUUUUCCAUUCGAUUUAAUCAAGUAUGAUUUCCAGAAAGAUGAACCAAUUAGAAAUAAGCAUGGUUGGUGUGAGAAAGUUAAGAAAGGUGAGGCUGGUCUUCUCAUUUCCCAAGUGAAUGCAAAGAAUCCCUUCUUUGGCUAUGCUGGCAAUAAGAGACACACAGAAAAGAAAUUACUCAGCGAGGUAUUUAAGAAGGGUGACCUUUAUUUUAAUACUGGAGAUCUAAUGGUUCAAGACCAUGAUAAUUUCCUGUAUUUUUGGGACAGGAUUGGAGAUACCUUCAGAUGGAAAGGGGAGAAUGUUGCAACAACUGAAGUUUCUGAUGUCAUUGUCAUGUUGGACUUCAUACAAGAAGCAAAUGUGUAUGGUGUAUCAGUGCCAGAUCAUGAGGGAAAAGCUGGAAUGGCCUCUCUUAUUUUAAAACAGAAUAGAGCAAUGGACCUGGAGCAAAUGUAUAAGCAAGUGGUGACGUAUCUCCCAGGUUAUGCCCGUCCUCUUUUUCUAAGAAUCCAGGAAACAAUGGAAAUGACUGGAACUUUCAAACAACAAAAAUUUAGAUUAGUGGACGAAGGUUUUAAUCCAUCUACAAUUACAGAUCCUCUUUAUUUUUUAGAUAAAUCCAAGCAAGCGUAUAUCUUGUUAACCAAAGAAGUGUAUGAGAGGAUCUUAUCUGGUCAAAUCAAAAUUUAAUUAACCUAAUGAAAAGCUCUUAUAGACAGUUUCUAUGAGCAACUAUGUGAGCAGCAGUAAAAAUUAAUAUCAAUAUUUAUAUGUUGUUAUCUAGAAUAAUAUUUUAUGUAGUUCAUAUUUUCUUUCAUAUGUCUUGUAUCUUUCCUCACUUAUCUUAGUUCACUAAUAAUUUACUACCACUUGAGAUCAAAUACAAGUAAAGAACCUUUAAAACAAAAAAUAAAUAUUUUUAAUCUUACUUUUGGAACAUAAAUGCUGGCUGUGAUAGCUUUCCUUUGUGCUAAAGGAACAUGAAUUAUCAUUCAUAGUUAAAAGUAUCAAACAUAAAUCAAACGUAGUGACAGAAGUUGUUAUUAAUUCUAUGCAGACAAAAUAUGCCAGCAACAUGUUUUAAAUGUAUCUAAUAUAUCUAAUAUAAACUUACAGAUAUGUGUCUUAGAAAAUAUAGACUUGAAAGUGGAAGAAAAAUCUUACAUGGAGGACUUUUAUAAUGGAACAUAAAACAAAAGGGGAUGAAACAGAAGAAAUUAUUAUCCUUAAUCAUAUAUUCUCAUGCAUUUCUUUACAAAAUUAAAAAAAAAAAGAUUAUUUAAACAAAUUUUGUAUCAUCUGUUUAGGACUGAUUACUUAGGUGCUUUUUAAUAAUAUGUUUUAAAUACUUUUUAAAAGUUUAUUUUAAUAGUAUAUUUCAAUACGCUCUUCAGAUAGUAAAAAUAAUGGGACAGUGUUGUCCUGUAAUGGAUUGUGAUGCCAGCUUUGAUCAGUGGCUGUAAGUCAGAAACAUGGAAUUCUGCAAGAGUAAUUCUGCUCAACAGUACUCAUCAUAAGUCACUUCUCCAUCACAACCAUGGCAUGAAAACAGGCUGUUAUAAGUGGGAUGUAACAUGCCUGGAACCUCAACUUUCUUACUUUCUUCCUUGUUAAUUAAAUAAAGACAUUGGAAAUUGUGUCUACUUUUGAUUCUCUCA